AUGCGUCGCUACCAGGGUAUCCUUUCGUGGUCGGUUCUGUUGGCUUCAAUUGGAGGCGCGCAGGCCAAGCUCGACCUGAAUUCAACUAGUAAUAUAGUUGUUUACUGGGGUCAGAAUUCUUUUAAUGGAAAGGGUGAUAAGGCACAGCAGCCUUUGGCACACUACUGCGACAAUGAAGACAUCGAUGUUAUCCCAAUGGCCUUCAACAUGAUGGUCAACGGCCCAGGAGGCGCGCCAGAGGUUGAUUUCUCUGUCACCAGCAAAGAUUGUGAGGUCUUCGAGGGCACGCAAUUGAAGAACUGUCCUAAAAUUGGCAAGGACAUCCAGACAUGCCAAAAGAAACACAAAACCAUCCUGCUAUCCAUCGGCGGAGCCACUUAUAGCGAAGGCGGCUUCAAGUCUGAAGCUGAUGCCAAGGACGGCGCAAAGUUGAUGUGGGAAACAUUCGGCCCAAAGAAAGAGGGCUCUAAGGCUCUUCGUCCCUUCGGCGAUGCCGUCCUGGAUGGCUUCGACUUCGAUUUUGAGGCCAAUGUCCAACACAUGGCUCCCUUCGCCAAUGAGCUGCGCGCGCUGAUGGAUGCGGAUAAGAGCAAACAAAAGUUCUACUUGACUGCGGCACCGCAAUGUCCAUAUCCGGAUCAGGCAGACAAGGAUAUCCUCAACGGUCCCGUCUACAUCGAUGCCGUCUGGGUGCAAUUCUACAACAACUUCUGCGGCGUCAAUGCCUUCAGCUCCGACAGCUCAAGCAACAAAUACAAUUUCGAUGAGUGGGACAACUGGGCCCACACGGUAUCGAAAAACAAGGACGUCAAGGUCAUCGUCGGCGUGCCGGCCUUCACCACAGCCGCUAGCACAGGAUACAUCCCUGCCUCCGAGUUGGCCAAGGUUAUCGAAUACUCGAAGAAAUUCAAGAGCUUUGGUGGUGUUAUGAUGUGGGAUGCUACACAAGCAUACGGCAACGAUGGGUUUAUUAAGGACGUGCGAAAGAGUCUGGGCCCUGCUGAUGAUGAUUCCGGUUCGUCGUCGCCCGACCCGGCGUCAACUUCGGCGCCUGCUUCUACGUCCACUGACUCAACGAAGACGACCACGAGCACCGACACGAAGACGACGAGCACAGUAUCGUCAUCUUCCAAUGCACCCGCUUCCUCACUCUCCUCUUCCUCCUCUUCAUCUGCUUCUGCUUCGCAAACGGAUGAGCCUACCAGCGCCGAGAACAACCCUACCGAUAACAAGCCGAAACCGACUACUACCGCUACCCCUAAGCCUGCGACUACCGAGGCCAAGCCGGAACCGACUACUACCGCUACUCCUAAGCCUGCGACUACCGAGGCCAAGCCGAAACCGACUACUACCGCUCCUCCUAAGCCUGCGACUACAGAGGCCAAGCCGAAACCGACUACUACCGCUACCCCUAAGCCUGCGACUACCGAGGUCAAGCCGACUAAGAUUGCGACCACUGUUAAGCCCGAAGCUUCAGCGACAAAGUCUUCGAAGACCACUGCGUCUCCUACGAAGACUGCUGCUCCGUCAAAGGGUGAUAACGAGAACGACAGCGAGGAUUCCGACGAUGAAGAGAAUAAUACUCUGAGCUCGGUGCUUGGAAAUGACCUCAUGAGUCUGCUGGGUGGUCUCCGCCAGGCUAACAACCUUGCUGGCGGUGUCGCCAACGGUCUAGCCAAAGGCCUCAGACAUGGAAAGCGAAACCGCAUCUGA